AUGAAUUAAUUCAUUUUUUUUUCCUAAGUAUCUUAAAUUAAAAGAGAUUUGAUAAUAUAGAAUCAAAAAUGCUACAGAGAAUUCUUAUUACACAGAUAUAAUUGUAUAAGAAUAUUCAAAUUUAAUUUUAAUGACAUAAGAAUAACUUCGGAUAUAAGUAAAAUUAUGAUUUAGUGAUUCUGGUUGGAUUGCUUAAGCAUUAUAAAGUGUAAUUGGUUUAAAGAAACUAUUAAAAUUGCUCAAUAUAACAAUUAAAGCCAACGCUUUAUUUAAUUGCCGAAAAAAAAAGUUAUUAGAAAUUUUGAAUUGUUCAAUAAUAACUUCUUUUGGUGGAUCCUAGGUUCUAAAAUUUUCAGAUUUAAAUUCAAAUGAUUUAACAAUUGAAUCAUUUCCUGAAUAAAAGAUUUUAUAAAGUAUAGAAUAUUUAGUUAUUGCCUUAGAAGAUGAAGGAGUAGAUCUAUAUAUUUAUGACUAAAAGAUCAUUUAGAUAUUUAUAAAAGGAGUAUCUUAAAUAUAUAGAAAAAUUCUAAAGGGAAUAUUUUAUAGUUAAUUUAUACAAAAUUGGAGUGAAAAUAUUUGA